AUGCAGUCGACCUCAAAUUCGGUCAAGAUCUACAAUGCGGUCUACUCUUCGGUGCAGGUCUGUCCCAUUUCCUCGUUGCCAACAAAUCCUUUUGUUGAUAUGCUUUUAUUUGAGGUCUAUGAGUGCAUGGUUCGCAACAUUGCGGUCAUGAGAAGACGCGCUGACUCGUUUGUUAACGCGACUCAAAUUCUUAAAGUUGCUGGUGUCGAUAAGGGUCGCCGAACGAAGAUACUCGAGAAGGAGAUUCUCCCUGGUAAACACGAGAUUGUGCAAGGUGGUUAUGGAAAAUAUCAAGGGACAUGGAUCCCACUUGAGCGUGGACGCGACAUUGCCCAACAAUAUGGUGUCGGUCCAUUGUUGGCUCCUCUUUUCGACUUUAUACCCAGCACAAGCUCACUCGGCCCACUUCCACUCUCUGCUCCCAUCGGCGCACCUUCUCCUCGUCCACUCUCUGCCGCAUCAUCAUAUGGCACCCUUCCUGGCUCACAAGGCCAUUAUCCAGCCGCUAUUCAACCAGGCCUCGCUCCACCGCCAAUAAUGCCCGGUUCAGCCCUUCGGCUGCUUAAUCAGGGUCGUGCUCAAGGCCUCUUUACGCCAUCGACAUCCCAUGCUCAGCCCGGCUACGCGUCGCCUUCGUACGGCCCAGCUACAGCAUUCUCCCCAACUGCAUCCCAAACUCCACCGCCAACAAAUGCGCUCAAACGAAACCGUUCAGACGCCACAGACAUUGAUGUAGGCCCGACAGAAACAGACACUCGUCCACCUUCAACCACCCCUCGUUCCAACGGUGAAACAGCUCCAUCCCCAGCGAAACGCGCUCGCACUGAAACUGUGCCUCCUCCAAUCCAACCCAGUUCAACUCUUCCUGCCAUCGCUCCAACCGUGACAAACGGCAUUUCCAGACCAGCCAGUCCAAAAUCUACUAAUGGGGCCGACGUCCCUCCAUAUCCAACACGACUUUCCACCAAACCAUCUAUUCCCAAAUUCAUUGACCCCACAGCUCCCAUUCGCGAUCCAAGGCGGACUGCGGUCAUUGCAGCCAUUUGUCAGAAUGAUGAUCCACAUGCAGUUCAAGACGUGCUACGAGAGCUUACACCAGAAGCUGCAGUUGCUCCUUCGACCGAGAAUCCUCUUCCAUAUGAAGUCGACACCAUUCUUGACGACCAAGGGCAUACGGCCCUUCAUAUCGCCGCCAGCUUAGCUCAUUUGCGUACUGUCAACUCUCUCAUCGUAGCUGGUGGUGAUAUCCAACGUGGCAACCACCUUGGCGAGACUCCUCUCAUGAGAGCAUGUCUUGCUACCCACUCGUUUGAUUCACAAACAUUCGACAGUUUGGUGACUGCCCUUUCCGCCUCCAUCAGAACGCUGGAUACGUCUCGCAAAUCGGUACUUCAUCAUGUUGCAGCUUUGGCGGGGGUCAAGGGGCGUGGCGCGAUGGCUCGAUAUUACCUCGACAAAAUUUUCUACUUCAUUGUUCAGAAUCAAGCAGGAGAUUUCGCGACUUUGGUAGACUUGCAAGAUGAACAUGGCGACACAGCACUCAAUAUCGCUGCUCGAGUAGGUAACAGAAGCAUGGUCCGAACCUUCUUGGAUGUGGGUGCUAAUCGCCACCUUCCCAACAAACUCGGAUUGCGUCCUGCAGACUUUGGAGUCGAGAUCGAACAGGACGGUACUCGUUCAGAAGAUCGUCUUGCCGCUCUCCGAAGCGGCCCACCACCCCCUGUCCAGAAGAGUCAAGAUGUCAUUGCUGAUAUGACCGUCAUGAUACAGGGUCUUAGUAACGACUUCCAAGCUGAAAUCAAGCUCAAACAAGACGCUUUGGAUGUUACCCAGGCACAUCUGCGAGCUGCAACUCGUGAACUUUCGGAGCAACGGAAACAAAUACAAGCAUGGCAAGCGCGCUGUGGGGAGCUUGAUCAAGUGCAGCAGAGAAUACGCAACAUCGAGAAAGCGUUGCUUGAGGAGGACGAAUUUGAUUGGACUGGAAGGAGUAACGGUAGUGGAGAGCCCGAUGCAGAAGGAGAGGUAGAAGACGAAAGCAGCGACGCCAUUGUGGGAGCUGAGAAUAACGGAGGACCCGCUUUUCGCUGGCGGCCAACGAUGGGUACUGGCGAGUUGCCUCAUAUGGCGUCGAACUUGGAGGCCGAGCCACCCAUUCCCGUUGUCGACUCGCUUGAAAGCCUCGUCCAACUGCGCCGCCUAAAACUAUGGCAUGCGAGGAUGGAAGAUCUCACGAAGGCACGAUUGAAAGGACUACAAGGUGCCAGCGCCGAAAAGGAGUACCAAUGCAAAAAAAUUGUCGCCUUAUCAACACAGCAGCCUAUCGAUAAAAUCGAGGAUCUACUUGAAACUCUACUCAUUGCUGUGGAAAGUGAGUCCCAGGUGGUCGAUCUGAGCAGAGUGUCCGGUUUCAUGCAAAAAGUUCGUGAUGGGAUUAUCUAA